AUGAGGGCCGGGUCGCGCGAACUCCUGUUGGCUCUAGCCCUCCUUGCCACACUUUAUUCAGGAUGGUGUUCAGAAGACGAGGAGCGGUUGGUCCGCGAUCUGUUUCGCGGUUACAACAAACUAAUCCGCCCAGUACAAAAUAUGACACAGAAAGUCGACGUUCGUUUUGGCCUGGCAUUUGUACAGCUAAUCAAUGUUAAUGAAAAAAAUCAAAUCAUGAAAUCAAACGUAUGGUUACGAUUAGUGUGGAUGGACUAUCAGCUGAUGUGGGACGAAGCUGACUACGGCGGCAUUGGAGUGCUGCGGCUGCCUCCUGACAAGGUUUGGAAACCGGACAUAGUUCUGUUCAAUAAUGCUGAUGGCAACUACGAAGUGCGAUAUAAAUCCAAUGUUUUGAUUUACCCCAACGGUGAAGUACUCUGGGUUCCGCCGGCUAUUUACCAGAGUUCAUGUACAAUCGACGUUACCUACUUUCCAUUUGAUCAACAAACCUGCAUCAUGAAGUUUGGCUCUUGGACUUUCAAUGGCGAUCAAGUUUCGCUUGCGCUUUACAACAAUAAAAACUUCGUGGAUCUUUCAGACUACUGGAAAUCAGGAACUUGGGAUAUAAUAGAAGUGCCUGCUUAUUUAAACAUUUACGAAGGCAACCAUCCCACUGAGACGGACAUUACUUUCUAUAUUAUAAUCAGAAGAAAGACUUUGUUUUACACGGUCAAUUUAAUCUUACCAACAGUACUAAUCUCAUUUCUCUGCGUGUUAGUCUUUUACUUGCCUGCGGAAGCUGGUGAAAAGGUCACGUUGGGCAUAAGCAUUCUGCUCUCACUAGUCGUGUUUUUAUUGCUUGUAUCAAAAAUUCUACCGCCGACGUCUCUUGUGUUACCUUUAAUUGCAAAAUAUUUACUAUUUACUUUCAUUAUGAACACCGUUAGUAUACUCGUCACGGUUAUCAUCAUAAACUGGAAUUUCCGAGGACCCAGAACACACAGAAUGCCCCUCUGGAUACGCAGUGUCUUUCUUCACUAUCUACCGGCAGCUUUACUUAUGCGUCGACCGCGGAAGACUCGUCUACGAUGGAUGAUGGAAAUGCCAGGGAUGGGCGCACCACCACAUGCUGCAGCAACGCAUGAUUUGCCCAAACAUAUUAGUGCAAUCGGUGCAAAACAAAGCAAAAUGGAAGCAAUGGAAUUGUCUGAUCUUCACCAUCCAAACUGCAAAAUAAAUCGUGCGGCUGGUGGCGGCGAAGUCGGAGCCCUCGGUGGGUUUAGUGCUCUCGGUGGUCUGGGACUUAGCGAAAGGAGAGAAUCUGAAAGUUCAGAUUCAUUAUUGCUAUCACCUGAAGCAGCAAAAGCGACAGAGGCGGUUGAAUUUAUAGCCGAGCAUUUAAGGAAUGAAGAUCUUUAUAUUCAGACGCGUGAAGAUUGGAAAUAUGUAGCUAUGGUGAUUGAUAGACUGCAAUUAUACAUUUUCUUCAUAGUGACCACGGCUGGGACGGUGGGGAUCCUCAUGGACGCACCACAUAUAUUUGAAUAUGUUGAUCAGGACCGCAUUAUUGAAAUAUAUAGAGGAAAAUAA